GGGGGCGGGUCCUCCUGAAGCUGUCUACCAGAAAGCAGCAACAGGACCAAAUAAGUUGGCUAAACUGUGUCCCGGGCUCUUUGUACUGCCACUGUGAUUCACUGUAAAGCUAAACUUUUUCAUUUCAAUUACUUAACAGGACAGAACAAAAGCGGAAAAGGCGACGCCGAGUCUGCAUGAGGGGUGCGCUAUUCAUUCAGUCCAGUUGAGGGUGAGACGCCAGUCUGCACAGAAAGGAAGGUCACCUGACCCAGGGAGAGGGAUUUAUUUUCCUUCUGCAUUCCUGAUGGAGUCAUACAGAGUGACUGGCGUCCCAACCAGCGGACCACAGCGAGGCUACACACAACCAACUCGUUCCACAAGGCUUCAGAGCAAUGGAAGUGGAACUUACGGCCUGAGUAUUCGGGUCCAAGGAAUAGAUGGGCACCCUUAUGUGGUCCUCAACAACCAGGACAGAGGACCUCACCCGUACUUGGACCCCAACAGCAAUGGCUAUGUGGAUGCGGAGGGUUCUUUCAUCGACCACUAUCAGGAGUAUGAGUUCAGAGGAGACAAGGAUGCUGGUUUGCACAGCCCCUUCAUGGAGUACCGUUCCCAGAGUAUGAUGCAUCAUUCGGGAUCUCAGAAUGGAGUCGCAGAUGGAAAGAGAUCUGCGAACCUCCUGAACUUUCAGAAACAUCCUGAGCUGCUGCAGCCGUAUGAUCCUGAAACAAACUCUCUGAAUCUCCAUGGCUUCCACAGCCUCCCCUCCAAGACUUUGUCUCCGACAGAAACGGGAAACAAACAAAGCAGUUCCUCGACAUCAUCUCAUGUGAGGUCUUCAAGCAUGGACCAGAAAGGUGCCCCUGCUGACUCAGCGAGAAAGCCUCUUCCCUUCCAGAGCCAGACUGACGAUGUCCUUCCAAAGCCUAAGUAUCAGUCUUUGUCCAAGGAUCCGCAGAUGAAACCUCAGCCACAAGUGGCUCAGCCACAGUCCAAACCUCGCCUGUCACAUCCACCUCAAGCAAAGCAGCCCUCCAGAACUCAAGCUUCUUUCAAUCCAAUGUCUUCUAUCCAAACACCGUCCAGUGGGUCAAACACCUCGAGUGACCAAAGCAAGGCCAGCCAAUGCAGGUCCCCCAGCUCGAUAAGCAGCACCAGCUCCAGCCUUGAGCGAUCUCGCCGUGAGCCUGACGUUCUUCCACUCAGGAAGGUCGACUCCAGUGGCCCUGUUCUUCAGUCCUCCUCACGAUCCCGCCACUCUUCUUCCUCUUCCUCUUCAAAACCCUUUGUGGAUGAGAUGGAGGCUCUAUACGCUGACACCAUCAACCGCCACGAGAACCGCCGCUACAUUCCUUUCUCUCCUGGUUCUGGCAGGGAUAUUGACACUGGUUCCAUUCCCGGCGUCGACCAGCUCAUCGAAAAGUUUGAUGGCAAAGAUGCAAGCCACCAGCGGAGGGGUCGGGCUGGCCGCAGAAACCGGAUCAACCCAGAAGACAGAAAGCGCUCCCACAGUGUUGAUAGUGCUCUUGGUCUACGGAAAGGCUCCAGCUACCUGGACGAGUUCAGUCAGAGCCAAGGAACCUCACGCGAGCACGUCCUGCGCCCCUCGCUGCUCCGUCUGCAGAGGAGAGCCGAAAGCCAGGACUCACUGGAAGACUAUUCCGGAUCUAGAGGCCUGUAUGCAGCCACAAGUGCCCCGGGCUCACCACAGGACACCGUGUCUAAAGGUGUCGGCUUCAUCCAGGGAUACAGGAAGCCCCAGAGUCGAUCUGUGGCUUCACUUCCGUUCCACAGAAAGGAUAAUGAGGACACAGCCGCGGUAAAAAUUUCCACCUCAUCACUUUCAACGUCACUAUCCAAAUUGUCUUCUACUGGUGACAAAAAAUCUGCUGGUGCAGAAGUACAGUCGACACCAGAUCUACUGAAAGGUCAGCAGGAAAUAUCACAUGAAGAGACAGCAAAACAGAUUCUGUUCAACUACCUGAAGGACGGAAGCAAUGAUAGCGAUGAAACCACCAAGAGAAAGGUCAACCUCGUCUUUGAGAAGAUUCAGACUCUCAAGUCUCGGGCCACAGCGGGAGCCCAGAGCGAUCACAAGGUGGUGGAUGUUGCGGCGCAGACCAAAGUGCUGCAGGAGCAGAAGGUUGUGCUGGAAAAAGAAAUGGCGGAACUCAAGCUGCAAAUAGAAGAACAGAGCUCGAAAAAUCAGUCUGACCGGAAGAUGAGUGCCAAUCUCCGGGAGCUACAGCAGGAGUUGGACCGGAUCACAGAGGAGUCCAAGCGUUUGAAGGAGAAGCUUAUCAAAGCAGAAAGUGAACUACAGUCUACUGUUGAAGAGCUGUUCCAGGUGAAGAUGGAGAGGGAACAGUACCAGACAGAGAUCAGAGACCUGCAGGACCAGCUGUCAGAGAUGCACGAUGAGCUUGACUCUGCUAAGAAGUCAGCUGUUGACGGAGAGAAGGACGCUAUUAUGGCGGACAUGAUGCAACUCAAGCUGGAGAUGCAGGAGGUUUUGUUGGCGAAGGAAGAUCAAGAGGAGGUGCUGAGGAGACGUGAAAGAGAGCUGACGGCCCUCAAAGGAGCCUUGAAGGAGGAGGUGGCAGCCCACGAUCAGGAGGUGGACAAAAUGAAGGAGCAGUAUGAGAAAGAGAUAAACCGACUGCAAGCGUCUUUGGAGGAGGCCAAGCAGAGCAGCACAGCAGUGGUCCUGGAGAAGGCUGAGAUGGAGGCAGCCAAGGGGGCACUGGAAGGUCAGGCAGGACGGCUGAACCAGGAGGCUGAGAGGCUCCGCAAAACAGCACAAGAGCUGGAAAAUGAAGUCGCCAAACUCAACCGAAUCAUUGAUGAAGCAAAGUUGCAGGAAAACAGGCUCGCGGAGCGAGUCAGCCGUCUGGAGAGGGAGAAGAAACAGUUGGAGGAGUCUUUGGCUGAAAUCAAGGAGCAAGAGGAGGAGAUGUCUCGUGCCAACCGGGCGUUGACUUUACGACUUGAAGAUGUGCAGAGAAAUUAUACCAAACUCAGUCUCGUGCACAAGGAGACUGAGGAGCGGCUACAGCAAGAGAAGGACCAGAAGGAGCAGUUCAAGACCAUGAAGAAUGACAUUGAGGAUGAGAGGAGGCUGCUGGACCGGACUGUGGAGAAGCUGCAGAGAGAGAUGAACGAUAUAGUGGAGGCAUCUCAGUCGUCCACAGUCGAGCUGCAAGAGCAAAUCAACGUCUACAAAGAGAAGAAUCGCCGUGAGCUGUCUGAUCUGCAGAGGCUGCUGGAUGAACGAGGACACGAGCUGGAUACGUAUCUUCUGACAACCAAGACUCUGCAAGAAGAGCUGUCCCACCGUGAGGACGAGCUGCAGCUGUGUGAGCAGGAGCGGCGCGAGGCCUCGCUCAAAGUCACAAUGCUGGAGAAGAAGCUUCAUGACCUGGAAGCGGAGGUGCAGUCCAACUCUCACGCUAAAGAGGACAAAUCCAAGCAGAUCAAGCUGAUGCAGGACAGGAUCGCUCAGCUGGAGUUAGACCUCGACGAGGAGCGUCAAAGUGGAGACCAGCUGAUGGACAGAAUAGACAGAGGAAGAGAGCAGGUGGAGCAGAUAAGGAAUGAACUGCUGCAGGAGCGGGCCUGCAGACAGGACCUGGAGUGUGACAAGAUGGCUCUGGAGAGACAGGCCAAAGACCUGAAAAGCAGAGUGUCUCAUCUGGAGGGCUCGCAGAAGUCCAGUAAGGAAGGUCUGGUGACCCAGCUGGAGGAACGCAUCCAGGAGCUGGAGGAGCGGCUUGAGGGGGAGGAGAGGGAGCGAGCGAACCUCCAGCUGGUGAACCGCAGACUGGAGAGGAAGGUGAAGGAGGUGAUGAUGCAGGUUGAGGAGGAACACAACACCAUGCAGGACCAGAAGGACCAACUGAACCUGCGUCUGAAGGCCUUGAAGAGGCAGAUGGACGAGGCUGAGGAGGAGAUCGACCGACUGGAGCACAGCAAGAAGAAGCUGCAGAGAGACCUGGAUGAGCAGCAGGAAGCCAACGAGCAGCUCCAGAGUCAGCUCAAGACUCUUCGGAGUGAAAUCCGGCGUAAAAGCAACUCUGCUCCGUUACUCAACGAUGAUGACGACGACGACGAUAUCAGCACGGACGGGGAAACCUACUUCAGCUCCUCGCUGGGCUACAAGCGCUCGGCCAGUCAGGACAACAUCCUGUCCAGCUUCGCCCUGUGAGAGCGGAGAGGAACCUGGACCUGCAGAGAGGACUGCAGAUAUAUGACACUGAACAAAUGUGCGGGGAAUCCAUUUUAUUUUUGUAUAUUUGUGAUGAUUUCACUUUUCCGGAGUUGAUCUGAAAGUCUGUCAGUAUUACUCAUGCAGCUCUUUUCAAAGAUAAUGUAAAUAGUGUGUCAACUGUUUCACUUUUUUUUAAGAUUAACACAUUAUUUACACUCAGACCAACAAAUAACCUGUCACUGCCGCCACUGCCUUUUAGAACAACAACUUUUAGUCACGUUUUUUACUUGUUAAUUUCCGUGUUAUGUUUGCUAUACUCCUUUUUUUUUUUUUUUAAUCAGUGGAAAUUUUAUGUAGUUCUGGGAUGUCCUUUAUUUAUUCACAUGCCACCUCAGGAGGGAAACACGAACGAGGGACUCUUUUUAUACGCUCUCAAUAUUCAUUUAGUCAUGGCUGUCGGCUUAUUUCUGUCCCACAAAAUAACUGCGGUCAUAUGAUGCUUUUAUUUCUUCAAUGACCAGCUAUUCUACACUAACACGCUAUUGUUUUUGUUACCCAUUUUUAAAUUUAUGCGAAACUCAAGUCAAAGAAUGGCCCGUGAUGACUCGACAAUCAUGCUUGUGUUAACUUGCACUCUCCAUUUCUGGAAAUAGGCGCGUAGAGAGUGGAACAAGCCGCUACCUCUCUGUACACAUGUAUAUCCGCACGACUCCUGCUGAAACUGAAAUAAAACUUGUGUAUU